GAUUAAAAGAACUUUGAACUCGCAAAUAGAUAAAGAACAACUUAGAACCCCAAAAAAGAAGACCAACACAUGAUUAUAAACAGCUUACGUUACCAUACUUCGCAAAGUGUUCCUCCAUCCUCGGCCAACCAAAGGGAGAAUGAUAUGAAGCCACUCCAGUGCCGUAUUAACUCUGUGAAAACAUGAUCACUUAGCGACUAUCAGACCAAGAAAAUAAAGCAGAUUACAUCCGCGCGGUUGCGCGGAUCAAAAUCUAGUCUUUUUUUUAUUUCUGCUGAAACAUUUCAUUUCAUUGAUGAAAAUCCAUGACUUACACGUGAUACACAAACAAAGCUAGCGAGUUAUUAAACUCCUAGAGACUAAAGCCAGGAGUACACAAAAUCGUACUCUGGAGCUAAAAGCCGGCAUAAUUGAUCAAAUUCUCCGGAAAUUUAAACAAAUCAUAAUUAACAAAAGUUAAAAGAGAAUCCAAUCAUAUACAUUAGAUCAAUUCAACAAGACACCCAAAGUGACUGGAUAUACCAGAUGAGGACAGAAGAAAUAAGCGCACACCAAAGAGCGAACCAUAUUUGGGAAAUAACUACUUCUCAUUAUAUUGCUCCGACUUUUCACUAGACGAGCCAAGAGAAACUGUAGAUCACAAACCCCAGAGGAUGAUGAGACCCAACUUUUUAACAAUCAAACAUCCACGUUAUGUGCAAAGAGCCACAUCUCUAAAUCCUUGUAGACGAGCCGGAGAAAACAAAUCCAGAUCAGAACAACGAACGCUUCUCCAGAUUGACCCGUUGCAAGAGAAACAAAGAUAAGCACAACUUUCCUCCACUGGUAGAUCCGCCACAAGAAGCAAACAAAACCACAUGCAGACAGAACCAGAGCAGAGGUGACACAAACAGAGCCGUAUAACCCGCCAUCGCAGACCCCUGAACCAUCCUAGGCAUCGACCAACCCAUUGGCUAACAAUCAAACAAGAACAUGACCGACAGACUGACCAACGCCAAGGAUUGGACCACCGACAAAACUCAACACCAAAUCCUUGAUCUUCAAAUCUAGAUCUACAAGAAGCAUACAAACUAAAAAAAAGGACAUAUGAACAAAACAAACCCGACCAAUACCAAAUGUCGGCCUAUCUAUUUUUUUUUUGUUCAAACCAUAAUUUUCAUUCAAAGAAACUUAAAUUGGGUUCAAGGCCCAAAAGACUUGUUUUGCAAUUUGGUCGGUCCUAACAUUUGCUGAUUUAGGAAUAAAACUAAAGGAAAUAGACUUAAAGGACAAAGACAGAAGGUAGAUGUCAUUUAGUGCGCCAUAGAUCUCAAGCUUUCUCUCCUUCUUGUUGAUCGUAUUGAUGAGGGUUUGAGAGUCUAAAAGUAUCGAGAUGGCUUCUAAACUGUGAAAGAAGGCAAAGGUUAUGGCUGAGAGUACUGCCAAUGUUUCUGCCAUAAGAGGCGAUGGGACGAAAGUCGAUGUUGCUGCAUGUUGAGAAGUCGAGACCAGAUUAUCUAUGAUCCAACCAAAUCCUGCUUCGCUCGUUGAUGAAUUCCACGCUGAAGAUCGAGCAUAGAUCGAGUCUUCUAGGGUUUGGUUCAACUCCGAUCAAAGGCAUCGAUGGAUUUGAUUUUGAGGGGGGGGUUGAGCCAUCAUCCAUUCUCUUGCAUCAGAGAUGGCUUUCUGGAUUGUUUCCUUAGGGGAAAAUUCCGUUUUUCAAAGACGAGGUGGUUCCUUGCGCACCAGAGAGAUCAGCAUAUCCACGCUGCUAGAGAGCCCGCUACGAUUCCCAUCGGCCUAUCUACCUAGCUAUUUACGCUCUUUCUUUCUUUCAACCCUUGUUCAUUCAUGUCAUACACUUGUGUCACUAGUGAUUCCACGUAUUAGAAGAAUAAAAGCCCCGUGUUUUAUUUGGUAAAAUAUAAAAACCGAGUUUUUAUUGAUUUCUAUCCAACUUCUGUCUGAUAUUACGAAUUUAUUGUGUUCUGUUUGCAUUAAUAUUUACGUUAGUUGAGCCAGUACUUCUUUUCCACGAUUUAUUUAUGUAUAUUAUCUGUAAUUGGACCCAACAAGUUGUUUGAGCUAUUUAAUAACAGGCUAAGACAUCCAAUAUAUAAAUUAUAUUGGUGCUAUCGUUAUAUUUGUACCCGGAUUUAGUUAAUCCACAUUGUUAAAACAAAAAAAAAUCUAAUCUAAUCUAUUAUACAAUAUGAUUCAUCCGUCUAGUAGGCAAAUCUGAUUUAAAUGACACAACCUUUUUUAAAGAAACUUUUUAAAAAUUAAUCUAUGCCUAAUCAAUAAUCUACCGCCUAAAUAUUUUGCUAUAUUAUAAUAUAUUCUAACUAUAAUGUAAAACAUCUUAUAAACAAAACAUCUUAAUAUUAUGGGACAGAGAAAAUAUAUAUAUAGUAAACAACAUUGUUUCGGGUUAUAAGUUUACAAAAAAAUCUUAUAAGCUUACAAAUAUAAUAAUUAUUAAAAAGUGAUACAAAAAUGUUAUAAACUCCCAGCAUGCAAUAUUGUUGUAAAAUAUGUGCAUAUUCUAUAUUAAACAAGUGUUACGUAGCUUGCGUUAAUACUUCACGAGAAAUAAAAAUUAGGUUUAUCUGCUGUCGUCAUAUAGUGAAAUUUCUCAUGAUGGCAGACCUUUUUUGUCUUCAUUCUUUUGGUUGAACUCAAGUUUGUUUUAUCUUAUUUCUGGUUACGUUCCUUUAUAAAGACAUUUUGUGAAGUUAUUAUUUUUUUUUAUUAUUUUUUUUUUUGUGUGAAGUUAUUUUAGUUUAGCAGAGACAGAGAGAUGCAACAGAAACAAAAUGACACACAAGCACAGCUCGGGUUUUACCAUUUUUAUUUUUUUGACGAACGGGUUUUACCAUUUUCUUCCAUCCAUUUAUCUUUUCUUGGUAAAAAAAAAAUUUCCCAUCCAUUUCUCAUGUUUGCAUGUAUGUUUGAAUAUAUCAAUUUCGCAAAACUCUACAGUUUAAUACUCCAAGUUAUCAAAAAAUAAAAAAGUAAAAUACUUUGAAAUCCAGUCUCCUAGAAAAAAUUACGAGAAAUUGUUAAAAAUACUACAUUCCUAAUUUCAUUUUUUAUGUUUACCUUAAUCAUUUUUAUCUUUAUUUUUAAAUAUAUAAAAAACACAUUUAUAACCUUAUGGUAAACUAAUUUAGCCUUAGGGUUUAAAGUUGAGAGGUAGGGGUAAAGUUUUUUGAAUGUGGAAUUUAGAAUUUUAAUAAAUAUAUAAAUAAUACUUUAAAAAAUUGAAAAUCUUUUUAAAAAUAGUUUAAUUUUUUUCGAAUUUCAAAAAAAAAAUCCGAAACAAAAAUUUCAAAAAACAGAAAAAAAUAUAAAAAGUUCAAAUUUGAAAAAGUAUAUUUGAAAAUAUAAAAUAAAAUAUUUUUUUAUUUGUUUAUCUGUUUAAAUAAUUAUUUAUUAUAUAUAUAGAACAAGGGUAUAAGAGUCAUUUGUCUCUAAAUAAAAAAUAUAUUUUUGAAAAUAUAUCUUUUAGCGAAAGUGUACAUAGUGGCGGAUCCAUGUAAGGAGAUAGAGUGUCAUCUGACACCCGUUAAAUCUCUAAAAACUCUCUUUUGCUCACAAAAUACAGGUAAAUUCAGUAGUUCUGUUGGUGAAUUGUCCCUCUUGACACCCUUAAUGGUUCAAAUUCCACCACUAACAUCUUUUAUUAAUUUUUUCCUUUUAAGUAUAUAUCUUGUCACAAGUAAAAAUCUUUCCUUAUGAAUAAUGUUACCAACGAUGUAUAACAUCAAAAUUCCCCAAAAAUAACAGUCCCCACAAAGCUUAUAUAUAUUUAGAAAUUCCUUAAUUCUAAAACCAAAUCAAAAGUAGGUAGUCACAUCGUUUUAUAUAUAUUUAUCGGAAAAAUCAAAUCACACACACACACGCUACUUUGCUCUUGUCCCCAGCUUUAGUUACAACCUCUUACACAUUUCAUCCCGAAAGAAUAAAGCAUAUAAUAACAACUAGCGAUGAGAGGAAGAGGACGAGAAGAAGAUGAAUCGGAGUCGAGGGUUCCACUGUUGGAAAGUCCUCGCACGAUGGAGGAAAACGGUGGAGGAUUGAGGAAGAAACUUUGGGUUGAAACAAAGAAGCUAUGGCAAAUCGUUGCUCCGGCAAUGUUCACUCGUAUAACGACAUAUUCGACGCUUGUAAUAACUCAAGCAUUCGCUGGUCAUCUCGGAGAUCUCGAGCUAGCUGCAAUCUCCAUCGUUUAUAACGUCGUUGUUGGCUUCAACUUCGGCCUCUUUCUUGGAAUGGCGAGUGCGUUGGAAACAUUGUGUGGACAAGCGUUUGGAGCAAAGAAGUAUCACAUGUUGGGAGUUUAUAUGCAGCGUUCUUGGAUUGUUCUCUUCGUUUGUUGUAUGUUGUUGUUACCGACUUAUCUUUUCACAACUCCGGUUCUCAAAUUGUUGGGGCAACCGGACGAUAUAGCCGAGCUCUCCGGUGUCGUGUCCGUUUGGGUCAUCCCUCUUCAUUUCGCCUUCUGUUUGUCUUUUCCGCUCCAGCGUUUCCUCCAGUGCCAGCUCAAAAGUCACGUGCCUGCAUUUGGGGCUGGAGUUGGACUGGUGGUUCACUUUCUAGUGUGUUGGCUGUUCGUGGACGGGCUAAAACUAGGUGCCGUCGGAACUAUGGCUACGGUGAGUAUCUCUUGGUGGGUCAACAUUCUUAUUCUAUUAGCAUACUCCGUUUGCGGCGGCUGUCCACUCACUUGGACCGGCUUCUCCUCCGAAGCUUUCACCGGACUUUGGGAGUUUGUCAAACUCUCCGCUUCUUCAGGCGUCAUGCUUUGUUUGGAAAACUGGUAUUAUCGUAUAUUAAUUAUAAUGACUGGGAAUCUUCAGAAUGCUCGAAUAGCUGUUGACUCUUUGUCCAUAUGCAUGACGAUAAAUGGCUGGGAGAAUAUGAUUCCUCUUGCUUUCUUCGCCGCAACCGGUGUUCGUGUGGCAAAUGAAUUAGGAGCAGGUAAUGGAAAAGGAGCAAGACUUGCGACGAUUGUAUCAGUGACACAAUCAUUAAUCAUUGGAUUAUCUUUUUGGGUGAUAAUAAUGCUUUUCCAUAACCAAAUCGCAUUGAUAUUUUCUUCAAGUGAAGCGGUCUUAAUGGCUGUCAAUAAACUCUCCAUUCUACUAGCUUUCACGAUCCUUCUUAACAGUGUCCAACCAGUUCUUUCUGGUGUUGCGGUUGGAUCAGGAUGGCAAUCCUACGUAGCAUAUAUAAAUUUGGGAUGUUACUAUUGUAUUGGGAUCCCACUUGGAUUUUUAAUGGGUUGGGUUUUCAAUUUUGGCGUCAUGGGAAUAUGGGCUGGUAUGAUCUUUGGAGGUACCGCAGUUCAAACAAUAAUCUUAAGUUUUAUUACAAUGAGAUGUGACUGGGAAAAAGAGGCACAACGAGCCAGUGCACAUGUUAACAAAUGGUCCAACACAAUAAAAUAAAAAUUUGUGGAAUGCUUGAAUCUGUGUAUUAAAUAAUUUGGCAGCAAGAUUUUUGCUUUUCUAAACUGCUAUAUGCUCUUAUGUUGAUAUAAAAGACUGAUGUAGUAUACCAAGUCAGAGUCAGUCCAAGUAUUACAUAGGUUCUAAUGUUCUAUAUAGUAGUAACUACAAAAAUGUCUUUUGUGAACUUAUUUCUCAAACAUGUCUCGUAACAAUAAUUAUCGGAAAAGAGUUACAUAUUGAACUGGGUAUAAAGUAUAAACUAACAUAAUGUAUAUAUGUAUCAUAUUGGUUUUACAUGAGUAUUGGUUAAUUAGCUAAGUAAUUAAUGAAAUCCCAAAACUUGUCUGUAAAACUGUUGGUUAUAAGAAAAUGUUCACCAUAACUGUGGAAUGUAAAAAAUGAUGUUUUAAUUUGAAGUCUUCAGUGACUCAUGUCAGCUUCAAAUAACUUGCCUAAAAGAAAAUGUGCAUGGGUUGCCUCCAAUAUCUCCAAUGGUUACUUUUAUCUUUCACUUUAAAAAUAGAUUACUCUAAACUAGAAGAUGGGUUUUCUCCAAGGGUUGGCUCUAUUUUCUACUCUAAAAAAAAAUAUUCUCAAGUUCAAAAAAAAAGUAUUCUAAUUAUAUAUUUUAAAUUUAUUAUACAAUUCUUAACUUUAAAAUAUUAAAAAGUUACCCAUUUCUUUUAUUUUGUACCAAUAUACUACCAUAGUUACACUAUUUAUACAACUGAAUAAUUAUUUUAACAUUAAAAUUUUACUACAGCACAUAAUCAUAAACAAACGAUGUACUAAAUAAUUUUAUUUUGAUGAAAAAUGAAAAUAUAUAACAAUGAAAAAUAAUUUU